AUGGUUAACAGCAAUAUUUACAAUGAGGAUGAAUUGAAUCCGCCAAACUGGAUAAAUGAGGAAUUCUUUAAGCGGAUACUCGAUAAAACCGAAAGUGAAAGUGUGAAGAUCAACACCUUGCUGCUCUCUCCCGGCACCCUCAAGAAUGAUCACUACUCGAGUGUACUUUUUCGUGCAAAGCUCAACUAUGCUCUGUGCUCCAAGCCCAAAGAGGAGAAGUCGCUUUCGUUUAUAAUGAAAACUGAGCCAAAUGUGGAUGGUAUAAAGAAGGAUAAAAUGAAGCAGGUGCCGCUCUUCGAAACUGAAAUUCGCAUGUAUACGAAGGUGUUGCCGAAAAUUGAGGCAGAGUUGCGAGCGAUUGGCGAUAAAACAGUGCUCAGUCCCAAAUUAUUCCACUACAGCCUUCAAUCGCCACAAUGUGUAGUGUUUGAGGACCUUGUAGCCGACGGCUACUCUACCAUUAAUAAUCGUCGUGGUACUUUAGACGAAGUCAAAUUAGCACUACUUAAAUUGGCUAAAAUCCAUGCGAUUACUUUUAAAUUUGCACGUGAGGGCGACCAAGUCGUCAAUAGCUUUCAUAACCACUUCAUAAACACAGUGGAUAUACCGAACUUCCCUGUGCUGAGAGAUGGCAUUAAAUUAACUAAAGAAAUAGUCAGAGAUGCGCCGGAUCUACAAGAAUAUUUGCCCCAUAUUGAAGCAGCUGAAAAGUUUUUGAUACCCAAGGCAUUGGAUGUAUUGAAUGCGUACACGAAUGGCAAACGUAGCGGCAUUCAAGUGCUGAACCAUGGCGAUGUUCAUGUGAAGAAUGUAAUGGUGAAAAAUGGCGAUAGCAAGCUGCGUGAAUUGUUGUUGCUCGAUUAUCAACUCAGCAUUUUCGGCUCGGCCGCAAUUGAUCUGCAUUAUGUAUUCGUAAUGUUUUACAGUCCGGAUAUGAGGCGUGACCACAUGGACGAGUUGCUUUAUUACUACAUAACGAAUUUCCAAGACACGUUGCGCAGAGUGCAGUAUCCGGGUCACAUACCAACAAUUACAGAAUUCAGAGCAGAAUUGCAAGAACAUCGGCACUGGGGUCUCUUCUUGUUGUUCACAUUGUUGAUCUUUAACUAUGGCUUUGUAGAUGACAGCAUCGAGGUGUAUAAACUGGUUGAAUCGGAUGCAGAGCGGAGAGCAUAUUAUACGAAAUCAAAAAUUGUGAAUGAGCUGCGAGUGUUGCUGCCGCGAUUUUUACAUUUGGGCUAUUUUGAGCAGUAAAAAAAUGGAGUAAUCUUAAAGUUACUACAAUGAAUCUGAAAAUAUUUUUUUUUUUUACAUAAAUUUUUUUAUUGUAAAUAACCAAAAUGCAAAUACAUUGGCAAAAUAUUAUGUAAUUCA